CGCUGAGAACGCGCGUGCUCCUCGGGCUGUGAGUGCGCAGGCGCUUUCUCUGGUUCUCUGUGGGCGCCAAUUCUGGAGACCAGAGGCUGGCUACAAAGACAUAAUCAAGUUUUCAUUGUUUUGAAGCCAAGUAUCAGUAAAAUCCUCUCAAGCUCCCAACUGCAGGGAUGGUGGCAUUGCUCUGAAGAAGGAGACAAGUGACUGACUUUGGAGGAAGCACUGUAGCCCUGGUUUUUGUUUUCCUCCCUGAGUUUGAAGAGCUAUGGAGAGCUGGUCCUGGAUGACAGUCGUGGUCUUACUUGGACUCACGGUGCGGUGGACGGUUUCUCUCAAUUCUUACUCAGGUGCUGGAAAACCACCUAUGUUUGGUGAUUAUGAAGCUCAGAGACACUGGCAAGAAAUUACCCUUAACUUACCAGUCAAACAAUGGUAUUUUAACAGUAGUGAUAAUAAUUUACAGUACUGGGGAUUGGAUUACCCACCUCUUACGGCCUAUCACAGUCUCUUAUGUGCAUAUGUGGCAAAGUUUAUAAACCCAGACUGGGUUGCUCUCCACACAUCACGAGGCUAUGAGAGUCAGGCACACAAGCUCUUCAUGCGUACCACAGUUCUCGCUGCUGACUUGCUCAUUUAUAUACCCGCGGUGCUUUUGUACUGCUACUCCUUAAAAGAAAUCUCACCUAAGAGAAAGAUCGCCAGCGCGCUAUGCAUAUUGCUGUACCCAGGUCUCAUUCUUAUCGACUAUGGACAUUUUCAGUAUAAUUCUGUGAGUCUUGGCUUUGCUCUGUGGGGUGUUCUUGGAGUAUCUUGUGACUGGGACCUGCUAGGGUCAUUGGCAUUUUGCUUAGCUCUAAAUUAUAAACAGAUGGAACUUUACCACUCCCUACCAUUUUUUUGCUUUUUACUUGGCAAAUGUUUUAAAAAAGGCCUCAGAGGAAAGGGGUCUGCAUUGUUCAUUAGGAUAGCCUGUACUGUUGUGGCCUCCUUCCUUCUGUGUUGGCUGCCAUUCUUGACAGAAAGGGAGCACGCCCUGCAGGUCCUGAGAAGACUCUUCCCUGUUGAUCGCGGGUUGUUUGAGGAUAAAGUAGCCAAUAUUUGGUGCAGCCUUAAUGUUUUUCUGAAGAUUAAAGACAUUUUGCCUCGUCACAUCCAGAUAGCAAUCAGCUUUUGCUUCACAUUUUUGAGCUUGCUUCCUGCAUGCAUAAAGUUGACAGUUCAGCCCUCUGCUAAAGGAUUCAGAUUCACUCUGGUUAGCUGUGCACUAUCAUUCUUUCUGUUUUCUUUCCAAGUACACGAGAAGUCCAUUCUCUUGGUAUCACUACCAGUCUGCUUAGUUUUAACUGAAAUUCCUUUCAUGUCAACCUGGUUUUUACUAGUUUCAACGUUUAGCAUGCUGCCUCUUCUAUUAAAGGACCAACUCCUGUUGCCCUCGGUUGUGACAGUGAUGGCGUUUUUAAUAGCUUGUUCCACCUUCUUCCCAGUGUUUGAAAACACUUCUGAAGAACAACUGCAGCUGAAGUUCUUCGCCGUCUCUGUGAGGAGGCGCCUUCCGGGCUUCACUUUUCUUCCCAGAAUUAUACAGUGUUUGUUUCUUUCUUCAGUCAUCACCAUGGUCCUUCUGACGAUUUUGAGUGUAACACUGGACCCUCCUCAGAAAUUACCAGACUUGUUUUCUGUACUUAUAUGUUUUGUGUCCUGUGUAAACUUUGUAUUCUUCUUGGUAUAUUUUAACAUUGUAAUCAUGUGGGAUUCCAAAAAUGGAAGAAAUCGUAAGAAAAUUGACUAGCUAUAUUCCCAAGCAAAUGCAAUCUUUUUGUUUAUGUAUAAUUGAACAACAUAUCUUUAGAAUCAUGGAAUUAUAGGAAGAGAAAUGGUGAAAGGCAUUGUUAUUUACAUAAAAUGUACACAGGACCAAAGCAUUUGUUUUCCAAGUAUGUUUUUGGUAAAGUAUAUUUUGGUAAUAUUCACAGAUAUUUAAAUAGUAAAAUAAGAGCAAAAAUGUCCCAGCUGGUUGUAGUAGCUCACAUUUGCAAUCCCAGUACCAGCAGGUAGAGGCAGGGGUACUUCGAGUUCAAGGUCAUCCUUGGUUAUACAUAGCAAGUUUGAGGCUAUCUUAGGCUUCGUGAGACCCCUGUCUCAACACAAGGGGAAGAGAAAAAAAAAUGUCCUUAAUGCCAAUAUUUAGUAAUGGAAUGUAUUCUAAAAAUUGUAACUUUAAAAAACUAUAUAUUUUAUAUAUAGGCUAGCCUGAGCUACAUGAAAUCCUGUUUUAAAAAACAAAACAAAGUCAGACAAAGUAUGCUUUAAUAAAUUUAAAAUGAAUUUAUUGGAAGAAUUAAGCACCUGACUUGUUUGGAUACAAGUGAUAAGCAUCUCGUUUAGAAGUUGCAUCUCUGGGCUGGAGAGAUGGCUCAGUGGUUAAGAGCACCAGCUGUUCUUCCAGAGGACCUGAGUUCAAUUCCCAGCAACCACAUGGUGGCUCAUAACCAGCUGUAAUGGGAUCUGGUGCCCUCUUCUGGUGUGCAUGAAGAUGUCAUACUGAUAUGCACAAAAUAUAUGUAUAUAUGUGUUUGUAUACAUAAAAUAGAUCUUUAGAAGUAUCUCAGGGAAUUACCAUUUUUCUUAAUUACUGAGAAGGCACGUUAUGCUGUUUGAAAUUUGAAUUGCAUUAUUGCAUAUUCAAAAUUGGGUGCUUAUAGAUUAAGUGGUAUUUUUAUUUCCAAGAAUGUAGACCCUCUUGAUGCCAUUUUUUAAAAAGAACUUUUAUUGAAUAAAUUAAGAAGUUUGAAGUCUUUUUAGUUACUCAUGGUAAUUAGUUCUAAAUUUCUAGAGUCAUUCUAAAUUAAAACUAUCUUAUCAAGGACUCCAUUUCCCUUUCUGUUACCUUGUUUCAGGUUUCCACUGAUGUAACUGUGUAUUCAAAUCAUGUCGAACACUGGCUUUGUCCUAUUGUAGGGCUAUCCCUUCACCUAUAUCAGCUGGUAAAAUGCAUGCAUUGUGUUUUACUUUCACAGGAAAGCUGCUUCUUUAGUCUCUGACAAAAAUUAAAGUCACUUUACCACUA